AUGCCUACUAUAUCUGUGUACAAGCAGCAAUUAUUUGAUUUAUUGGGUAGGAACUAUACAAAUGAAGAGUUUGAUGAACUCUGUUUCGAAUUUGGCAUCGAGCUAGAUGAAGACACUACUGAAGAAGCUUUGAAAAACGGCCAAGAACCAGAAUAUAAAAUUGAAAUUGGUGCUAAUCGUUACGAUCUGUUAUGUAUUGAAGGUAUUGCUCAGUCGUUGAACGAAUACUUGGGUAGAGAAAAGGCACCAAACUAUAAGUUAACUAAGCCAACUACUAAGUUGUACGUUGAUCAGUCAACCGAACAGAUCAGACCUUAUGCUGCUGCCGCAAUUUUAAGAAACAUCAGUUUCAAUAAAAGGUCUUAUGAUUCCUUUAUUGCACUGCAGGAGAAGUUACAUGCUAAUUUGUGCAGGAACAGAACUCUUGUGGCUGUGGGUACUCAUGAUUACGACACCAUCCAGGGCCCAUUUCACUAUAAAGGGCUUCCCCCAAGGGAAUUUAAAUUCAUUCCUUUGAAUCAAACCCAAAUGUUAACUGGAGCAGAAGUUAUUGAACUAUAUAAGACCCCAGCACAGAAGAACAACCUGGGUCGUUAUGUUCACAUUAUCGAAAACUCACCAGUAUACCCCGUUAUACUUGAUUCAACCAACUUAGUUUGUUCUUUACCCCCAAUAAUUAAUUCAGAGCACUCGAAAAUAACUUUGAACACUCGUAACGUGUUCAUUGAAAUUACUGCCACGGAUAAAACAAAGGCAGAGAUCGUCUUAAACCAGUUGGUGGCCAUGUUUUCUCGCUAUUGUGAUGAAGCUUUCACUGUUGAACCUGUGGAAGUAAUUUCCAUUCACAACAAUGAAUCUCGUAUCACUCCUAACUUUGAACCCAGAAGUAUGAAUGUGUCUGUAAAUUACAUCAAUUCCACAUUAGGUUUGACAGAUUCACCUGAACAAAUCUGUGGCUAUUUGAAGAAAAUGUCUUUGCAUGCUGUACCAGUGGCAGGAGAUGAAGAUCAGCUUGAGGUCACAAUUCCAAUAACCAGACCUGAUAUUCUUCAUCCUUGUGAUAUCCUUGAGGAUGCUGCUGUUGGUUAUGGUUACAAUAACUUGCCAAAGCAGGAAAAAAUUUCUAAUGGGAACUUUAUUGCUGCGCCAUUGCCCAUAAAUAAGGUUUCUGAUAUCUUCAGACUUGCUUCUUCUCAGGCCUCUUGGUUAGAGGUAAUGCCAUUAACUUUGUGCUCUCAUGACGAGAACUUUAAAUUUUUGAGAGUUAAGGAUGAUAGCUCACUGGCUGUUAAAUUAGCAAAUCCGAAGACUAUUGAAUACCAAGUUGUUAGAACUACCUUGUUACCAGGUAUAUUGAAGACAGUCAAGGAAAACAGGAAGCAAUCCCUGCCUAUCAAGGUUUUUGAAAGUGGUGACGUAGUCUUCAAGAAUGAGAUUUUGGAAAGAAAAGCAUUUAAUGAACGACAUUGGGCGGCCGUAUACGUUGGUAAAAACUCUGGAUUUGAAGUGAUUCAGGGCUUGUUGGGCAAAAUCAUGCAAACUUUCAGAACUCAAUGGGUUGCAGAUUAUGGAAAUGCGGCUACUGGUAGAGGCUACUGGAUCGAAGAAGAUGAUUCACUGCCAACAUUUUUCCCAGGGAGAGGUGCAGUAGUCAUGUUCAGAUCUAGAGAAGGUGAGACCGCAAAGAAAAUUGGUCACCUAGGAGUUUUGCAUCCUGAAGUCAUGAACAAUUUUGAAAUCCCAUACGUUGGUUCCUAUGUAGAAUUGAAUUCUGAAGUUUUCUUGUAA